AGGUUAUUGAGCAACGAGAUUCUGUGCCAGGAAGCUGCAGAGGUUCUGUCAGGAGAUGUUCACAUUGAGUUUUCGAGGUGCGAUGUGCUUCCAGAGCCUACCCAGCAUGGACCAGGGGACGGCAGAGGAUGUCGGGGGUGUGGACGACCCCACCAAAGACUACCCCUCGAUCCAGAGUGUCCACAGCCAGGAGGACAUGGUGGCAGAUCUGCUCCAGCAGGCAGCCGAGGCCGGCGGAGUGGUGGAUGGGCAGACCGGGAUCGUGCUGGACCAUGGCGACGGGAUGGAGGCUGUGCAUAACCAGCAGCAGCUCAUGGAGGAGGGGGGUGGAGGCGUGGAGAUGAUGGUGAUGGAGUCCCUGGAUCCAGCCCUGUUGCAGAUGAAGACGGAGGUGAUGGAAGCUGCAGUAGGUGGAGGGGUAGCUGGUGGUGCGCAUCAGGCUACCGUGACCACGGUGGACCAGACGCAGAUCAUCACCCUGCAGGUGGUGAACAUGGAGGAGCAAGCUGCCCUGGGCCUGGGUGAGCUGCAGCUGGUGCAGGUUCCCGUCUCCGCCUCCACGGUCGAGGCUCUGCAGCAGGGGACCUUUGUGGACGCCACUGCCAUGCCCAAGGACGGUGACCCUGUUAUCUGCCACACCCUGCCCUUGCCAGAAGGCUUCCAGGUGGUGAAGGUGGGCGCCAACGGGGAGGUGGAGACGGUGGAGCAGGAGGAGGAGGGGACGGAGACCCAUCCUUUGGAAGAGGAGGACGAGGUGGAACAGGAGGUGACGCAGGUCCUGGAAGGGGAGGACGAGCCCGCUCAGGUCCAAAACGAUGACUCGGCCUGGUCCAAAGACCCCGACUACCAGCCCCCCUCAGCGGCCCUGAAGAAGUCCAAGAAGGUGAUGGGUAAGAAGAGUCGUCUGCGCUACGCGGAGGGCGAUAAGGACAUGGACGUCAGUGUUUAUGACUUUGAGGAGGAGCAGCAGGAAGGGCUUCUGUCUGAAGUCAACGCUGAGAAGGUGGUGGGCAACAUUAAGCCGCCGAAACCCACCAAGAUCAAGAAGAAGGGUGUGAAGAAGACGUUCCAGUGUGAGCUUUGCAGCUACACCUGUCCUCGUCGCUCUAACCUGGACCGCCACAUGAAGAGCCACACUGACGAAAGGCCCCACAAAUGUCACCUGUGUGGCAGAGCCUUCCGAACGGUCACCCUGCUCCGCAACCACCUCAACACACACACUGGAACCCGUCCUCACAAGUGCACAGACUGUGACAUGGCCUUCGUGACCAGUGGAGAGCUGGUUCGCCAUCGGCGCUACAAACACACCCACGAGAAGCCCUUCAAGUGCUCCAUGUGUGACUAUGCCAGUGUUGAGGUGAGCAAGCUGAAGCGCCACAUCCGUUCCCACACCGGAGAGCGUCCGUUCCAGUGCAGCCUGUGCAGCUACGCCAGCAGAGAUACCUACAAGCUGAAGAGACACAUGAGGACCCACUCAGGAGAGAAGCCAUACGAGUGCUACAUCUGCCAUGCUCGCUUCACCCAGAGCGGCACCAUGAAGAUGCACAUCCUGCAGAAACACACUGAGAACGUUGCCAAGUUCCACUGCCCCCACUGUGACACAGUCAUCGCCCGCAAGAGCGACUUGGGCGUUCAUCUGCGAAAGCAACACUCGUUUAUCGAGACGGGCAAGAAGUGUCGCUACUGCGACGCCGUGUUCCACGAGCGCUACGCCCUCAUCCAGCACCAGAAGUCCCACAAGAACGAGAAGCGCUUCAAGUGCGACAUGUGCGACUACUGCUGUCGGCAGGAGCGCCACAUGGUGAUGCACCGGCGCACACACACGGGGGAGAAGCCCUACGCCUGCAGCCAGUGUGAGAAGACCUUCAGGCAGAAGCAGCUGCUGGACAUGCACUUCAAACGCUACCACGACCCCAACUUCAUUCCCACCUCCUUCGUCUGCCCUAAGUGUAGCAAGACUUUCACACGCCGGAACACAAUGGCGCGCCACUCUGAGAAUUGUAACGGUGAGAUUGACGAUGCCGAGAACGGAACCCCAACCCCGAAGAGAGGCAGGAGGGGCCGCAAGAGGAAGAUGAGGAGCAGGCGAGACGAGGAGGAGGACAGCGACGAGGAUCACGCUGACCCUGACCUGGACGAGGACGAGGACGACUUGGACGCUGAGGAGGAGGAGGAGGAGGUGCUGCUGCAGGAGGAGGAGGAGCAAGAUGCCAUGGAGCUGGACCAGGCCCCUGCCACCGUCCCUGUCCCCGCCCCCGAGGAGCCACCGGUCAAGAGGAAACGAGGACGCCCCCCAAAGAACGCCCCUAAACCCGCACCGACGCCCACCAAGUCCCCCCGGGUCGCGGCCAAGGCUGCUGCUACAGCAGCCGCCAUCAUCCAGGUGGAAGAUGAAAGCACGGGAGCGGUGGAGAACAUCAUCGUGAAGAAGGAGGAGGCUGAAGGCCCCACGGGCGCGGUUCUGGAGCAGGUCUCGGAGCUGACGGUGGAGGCGGUGGGUCUAGAGGCGGAGGAGGUGGAGGCCGUGGAGGUGCAGGGCACGGAGGACGAAGCUGCGGCGGCGGCGGCGGCGGCCAACGGCGACCUGACUCCAGAGAUGAUCCUCAGCAUGAUGGAUCGGUGAGCAGGCCCCGGCCGUACCGGCGGCAGCACACGCAGAUGGAUGCCGAACCAACAUGUGUAAAUUGGCAGGUACACAGCUGGGCACAUCAACAUGCACACAUUGGCCUUCAUCCACCGUAGGAGCGCAGAUACCCGGUUGACAUUCAAUUGUUACUGAUUCUUUAUUUUUCGUCUGCUCUAUGCUGCGGGUUUUUCGUUGCCCAAACUGCUGGAGCUUAAAAAGGAUUUUCAAACAUAGGGAAGACUCGUACUAACAUCUGUAAAUAUCUUAAGUGACCUAAGAUCCGCACACAUUGAAUCAGCUCAUUGACUCCCACAGUUCUGCCCCAUGUUGCUGCAGUUCUGUCCACACGUACAGGUGUCCUUUAUUAAUUUGCUUUAUUCAAGACCCCUAGAUUAAUUGUUCUUGAUCCGAGCCUAUCCUUUUUUGUUUUUGCUGAUGCCACAAUCUCUCACUUGGAAAAUAUACUCUGAAACGGUAAAGAGUGGUCCUCUCAUGCACCUGAAGGAUGGUCCUCACUCUGUUCUUUAUCAUGAAAAGAGUCAUUUUAUGCUUAACUAAACCUCAGCCACCGACAAUUCUCCCAUUUUAAUUUUGAGGAUCUAGUACUUUUUUCUUUAAUCAGUAGUUGGCCAUGGAGACCUGUUCAUGUUAAUGCUAGGGUGUUUGUUUUCAUCCAAUACCGCCUUGCCGUAAAGCUCCGCCAUCAGACGGACACCGGACAGUCUGAGGGUGGAGCUUUACAUGUCUGUUGUUUAUUAGCAGUCGUUUGCCACUAAUGAGACAUUUGAUAUGUGUGAUCAUUGACCUGUUUGUACCGUGUUUCAUUUAAUGGGAAUUAUCAAUGUUAACUGAAGGGUGUUUGCCUGUUUUUUAGACCAACUAAAAUGGAAUAUUGACCAGCGGAGUAAUGGACCGAAUAUCUAUUUGAGAAUAAUUGCAACCGUUUUGAUGCUAGAUUUAAGUCAGAAUGCAUUAUUCCAUUUUAAUGCUUGUUCGUUGCUCAAGGCUGUGUUUUCAAACCAAUCACCAAGAAAUUCUCCUUUUUUAUUUUUGUUCUCUGUAAAUAGAAAUAUUGUUUUUGUUUUUUACCUUUUCUGUUUUCUUUUGAUUUAUCGUGAACAUUUUAAUCCUUUUGUAGUGUUUAGUUUGGUCAGAGUGUCUGUCCUGUUUAGUGACGGUAACAUGACUGAUGUUCACCGCUAACAGAAAAGCCUUCACGGUGUGCUAGGUAGGCUGUAUUCUCUCCGAUCAGACGGCACGGUGCUCGACAGAACGAUGGGGAAACAGCCACAGCUGGCAGGGGAUCCCAGGGGGAGGCGGGUGGACCCGUCGUGUUCUGCCGCUAGUUCUUAUCUUAUUGUUGGAAGGGAAAUUGUCCUGCUUGAACUGUCUGUUUCAGGAAGGGACAACGUGGAAUUGUCUAAAGGUUUGUAAGAUCUGUAAAAUAGGCUGCCAUUGCUUUAGUAUUUUGAACUGUAAAUUAUGUCAUUACCAUAAAUGCUUGGCUGCAACAUAUGAAGCUUUCCCUCUACAGUUGUAUUUCCCUUGUUAAGCAACUAAAACACGUUGAAUUAUUUAGUUUGCCUCCAUUGUUCUCUAGUAAUAUAUAAAUAUAUAUUUUGUAUUCUUUGCUUUAUAAUGUCACAGUUCUUGUGGCCGUUCUCCUGCCCUACCAACAUCCCAGCUGGGUUCAGUAGUGCUGAAGCUGUAGCCGCAGAUGGCAGAAAUGAGUCUCCAUAUUUUUCUUACGCCUGUUUUUAAGAACAUCGCCACUGAACCACGCAUUUACCAUUUUUCCUCGUUCGUAUGUAAUUAUCCAUCGAAGAUAGCGUUUUAUUUUUUUGGUUGAGCUCUUAUACAGUUCUGUAGGAUGGUAGGGUUUUUGUAAAUCUGGCUGCAAUAUGGAUUGGAACUGAGACUGGUCUGACAAUGAAACGAUGGAUAGGGAUUGGCUGGCCCUUUCGGUUUUGUUAUGAGAAAUAACUGAACCAUUUCCCCUCCCGUUAUAGCAAUAGCCAAUCAAUGGAGUGUAAACGCCUUGAUUGAUCGCCUGAAAAGCUCCCAUCAGUUCAACUGAAAUGUGUAACUGCCAAACUCUAUCCAUUGUGGUAACCACAGGAGGCUAUGCCUACUGGUUUAUAUAGUCAACAUUCAGUCGUUCCCCCCCCCCCCCCCAACCCGUUUUAGUUAAGAUCGCAGACGUCUAACAACUUUGGCACCGUGAACAUUAACUGUUGCGUUUACAGUCUUGUUAACCAGGAGGGGAACAUUGACUGGUUGAGUGAAAUGGAAGCUCUGUUUAUAAUGCUCCUUUAAAAGAUCGUCGCCUACAUUGAGAAUCCUGUGAUCUUCUCUGGCUUUGAACACUGCUCUGGUAUAAAGACCAAGGAAUGAAUGAUUAUAGACUGCUUGUAAUGUUUGCCUGAGAUUGAGUCAACAUGUUCUUGGAGAUAUGAGAAUGUACCUGUACAGCUGAUGAACAAUAAAAACAAACAUGCCUACGGACUGACCUGUGUGUCCACUGACUUUCUAUAUUAACUGUUCAAGAUUAAGAUGGGGCUAAUGAGAUUAAUGAUUUCAAUAUUUUUUACAUAAAUAGUGGAACGAUAUUGGAAACUAAUGUAGAUUAACAUCCCUCAAAAUAAAAUUGCAUGGGAGUCAUGAUGGCGGUUGAGUAUUUUAUUCCACCGCGUUCAGGGAACAGGCAUUGCACCAGACUGUCCCUAGCAUUGGUUGUCGGGCCACCUAGUAGGAGUUCCUGCUGCUGUGAUCCAUGAUGGUCAUCAGGGCCAGCCACGUCUCCUUGGCAGUGGGCAGGAUCUGGUUGGCAGGGAGGAUGAAGCCAUAGCGGCCCGUGUCUCUCAGCUCAAAGGUGUAGGAGUACUUGAUGCCCUGGUCGUAGGUCCAGUCAAUGGUACCGCCACUGGCUUGGUCUAAAAUGAUAUUACAAUCUUUGAAUAUAAAUACA